AUGGAAGACGAGGAUAUAGUGCAGCGAUACAAACUGAACGUGUCCGUCCUGGGUGACCGAAAUCACGAAAUUCUCCGCGCGCCCACCGAGGGCCGAUGGCGGGAGCAUGGAACCGUCACGAAGAUAUGGGAACGGAGACAUGCCCUUGCUCAACAUGUAUAUCUGGAAGAGUCUCAAUUUGGCGAACUGCGGGCCAUCAAGCAGGUGCAUUGGAGAGAUUUCAAGAGCGACCAGACCUUCUUUGUCCAGUUCUUCGGAUGGUUCCUGACCCAGGAUUAUGUUUCUUUCGCGAUGGAGUAUUGUCCACUCGGCGACGUUUCCCAAUGCUUUGAAACUCCUGUUUCCGAGGUAAUGGCUCGAGAUAUGUGUGAGAAAUUGCUGGAGGGGCUAGGCAAGUUGCACGAGAUGGGAUCACCCACCGAGAUAUCAAGCCUCAGAAUAUACUAGUGGUGAGAAUGGAUCCGGUAUGGGUGAAGAUUGGUGACUUUGGAAUAAGCAAGAGUUUAGUGGAAGAGGUAUCAGGGCAAAAUGAUUAUAUGCAACUUAGAAACAUAUGAAACGCUCCCAAUUCUGACUGUAAAAAUAUCAUUACUAAG